CAAUUAAGAAACUACAGAGACUUGAAAGGCCUCCCCAACACACUCUGAUCUUAAAGGACACAAGCACUGCUCUGAUGCUCUCUAUUUCUCUAACCUGCCCUACCCCCUUCCCUAUCUACCGCCCAAAACCCCCUGGCCGAUUUCUCUAUCUAUAAAAAAUGGCUUCUCUCAAGAUUUCCCACAACUUCACAACUCCACCCCACAGUCCUCUAACCUAUCCUCAGCCUCGCCGGAGGACCGGUCACCCCUCAGCGGCUCAGCCAGUCAGUGGGUUCUCCUGUUUUUUCUCCGGUAGAAACUCAGGCACCAUAAGGCCUCUGGCCGGGAGUUCACGGUUCUGGCCACUGUUCAAAGCUGUUGACGAGAAAAUGUGCCUAGAGUUGACUGAAUACGACAUCAAUUCAGAACUUGCAAAAUGGAUAGUCACAAAACUGAGCUCAUCAUCUCAUCCGAUCAAUAAUGGGUCCGCUCGUACUGACGCCAUUAGCUACGGGUCUGGGCGUAUUGGCCGGCGCAGUUGUGGUGAAGUCAGUGAUGGAGCAGAAAGCAAUGAUGGGGUCAGGGAAAUUCCCCCGGUGUCCCUCCUGCAACGGCACCGGCAGGAUCUCCUGCCUUUGCUCCCGCUGGUCGGACGGGGAUGUCGGCUGUCGGACCUGUGCCGGUUCCGGUCGAAUGGCGUGCAGUAGCUGCGGCGGCACCGGAACUGGCCGUCCUAUUCCAGUUCAAAUCUCCGUUCGUCCUCCCAAUAGGCCGUCGUAAUAAUAAAUAUAUAUAUUUAGUACUCUAAUUACACUGUACUGCCGUGUAUUUAUCAUGUUAUCUAUCUCAUAUUUUAUAUACGCUUUUGAUUUGAAAAACUAAAAGAAAAACAAAUUCUUAUGUACUCCAUUAUAUAUUAUUGAUAUAUGAUGAUAGAUGCUUUAAAGUUAAGUAUACAUGGGAAAUAUAUGGUUUAAUUUUCACUUCAAACA